AUCUAUUCGAAUUCAAUGGCAGUAUUUUUAGUUCAACUUAAAAUGACCCACCAAGAACCUGACAAUUUUGGGCCGGAGAAAGGAAGAACACAGCUUUUGCAAUGAAGGGAAUUCUGAUUUAUGAGCAGGAAGAGAAAAACCUGUAAUUCUUCAACCACGAGAGCCAGGAGAAGGAGCAGAAGGAGAAGAAGAGGAGAAACAAGCAUGGCUUCUCCAGCCCCCGAUGGCAACACAUCAGCUCUUCCCAUGGAAACACUGGAAGGGCAAACGGAUCAACCAUCUACUUUUAGGAGAGAUGGUGGAUGGAUUCCGGCACUUAUGAUUAUCGGCUGUUCAUUUAGCUCAACUAUUGCCAUUUAUGGAGUAACCACAGACCUCUUGCAGUUCCUCGAUCAUAAGUUCAACAUCAACAGUAUCAGGGCGUCCCAAAUUACCAACAUAAUCAACUCGCUCAUGAACUUGACGCCGGUUGCCGGCGCCGUCCUGUGCGAUUCCUACCUGGGGUGCUUCUCAACCAUCGCCAUAUCCACCCUUAUCUCUUCCCUGGGGACUCUGUUGUUAACGUUCACUACAGUGGUGCCAUCACUAGGGCCACCUUCAUGUGAUCAUUCAUUGGGCCCAUGUCAGCCCCCCUCGCCGCUUCAGUUUUCCUUUCUGUGCUUAGCCUUUGGAGUAACAAUCGUUGGUGCCGCUGGUACAAGCUUCACCUUUGUGGCAAUGGGCGCGAACCAGUUUAAUAAGAAAAAGGAUCAGGAAGUUUUCGUCAACUGGUUCUUCUUCUCAAGCACAAUUGGAAUGGUCGUCGCAUUCACAGCAGUUGUUUACAUCAUGGACAAUGUGGGAUGGAACUGGGGCUAUGGAGCUUGUACAGUGCUCAAUGCAAUUAGUUUCAUCCUGUUUGUUAUAUGCAAAAGCAGCUACCGGAACGUGAGGCCAAAAGGCAGUCCUUUUGUUAGCUUAGCACAUGUUGUAGUCAGUGCAGUUCGGAAGAAUAUAGCUAGAUUAUCAGUGAAUGAAGGGAAUUACUAUUAUGGGAAUGAUUCAAAGGCCAAGCAUCCAGAACCGACUUCUAGCUUGAGAUUCAUCAACAAAGCAGCUGUCAUAACAGAGGGUGACAUCCAUUCAGAUGGCUCAAUAGCAAAGUCCUGGAGACUCUGCACCAUCCGAGAAGUUGAGGACCUCAAGACUUUGCUCAAAUUGUUUCCUCUGUGGUCCACUGGGAUCUUCCUCAAUGUUGCCACUGGCAUUCAGGCUAAUCUCACAAUUUUGCAGGCCCUUACAAUGGACCGCUCUUUAAGUCGUCACUUUAAGAUCCCUGCUGCUUCUUUCCAGGUUUUUGUUUUUGUCAGCAUGGUGAUCUUCCUACCAAUAAUCGACAGAUUCUUUUACACAUUUUGCCGAAUCAUUACCCGUCGGUCCCCUACAAUCCUUAAUCUUAUUGGUGUAGGACAUGUUGUAAACAUUGUUGGCUUGGCUGCCAUGGCAUAUGUUGAAAGAAGGAGGCUGCAAGCAGUGCAUAUACAUGGGCUUGGAGAUGGGCCUGAGGUAAUGGCACCAAUGACAGCCCUUUGGCUAAUGCCACCACUUGCUCUCAUUGGAGCUGCCUCAGCUUUCUACUAUCCAGGGCAAGUGAGUUUGUACUACCAAGAAUUCCCAGCAUCACUUAAGAACACAGGCACCUCCAUGAUGUCAUUGACAAUGGGAAUUGGGUUUUACUUGAGUGCAACUGUUGUAGAUCUGGUUGGAAAAGCAACAGAAUGGCUUAACGAUGAUAUAAACCAGGGGCAUCUUGACAAUGUCUACUGGAUGCUCGCUGUGCUGGGAGGUGUCAAUUUCCUUUACUAUAUUAGUUGUGCUAAGUGCUACAAAUUACAAAGUGUUGGCUAAGGGCUUUAAAAAAUCAGUCAACUGCUGAAGCGCUGAUACAGAAUGUAGUGACAUCCAAUAAAUUAGAAUACAAUUGGCUUUGUUAGAACUGUAA